UAUUCUAUUUUCUCUAUUAUUAAAUCCUUCUGUAUAUCGAAAUUUUGAGAAAGUUUUUAAAUUGAGUCACAGGUGAAGUUGGCUUAAAUAAAAAGCAUUCCCACUUUUGGUUUCUCAUGCAUUUCUCACUCCUCCUUCACACUCUGCAAUUUUCCUUUUUCUUCUUCUUCUUCUUUCUCCAAUGGAGACCCGCUUCAAGCUCCGCCUCUCUCGCAUGUUCCAAUCCUCUUUCGUCUCUUGCCGUUCCCGUUAUCUCUCCGAUAUCAUUCACAAACCCGUCUUCGUUCCGUCGGGACCUGCCCAAACCGUUGCUUCCUCUAGCCAUCGGCUUCUCCCCCAACGCAAAAUUUCCCGCCGGUUCUCUUUUGUUCCUUUCCCAUCUGCAGUUCCUGGCGGCCGGAUCUGCCCUCUGGCGUCCACGAUUUCGCCCUUCCCGGAGAAUGUGACCCAUGAGAAAAUUUCGACGACGAAUAGGAAGAAAAAGAAGAAGCAGAGGAAACAGAGGAAGAAGGAGAGUCCGUUUUGCCAGUUCAGUUCGUUGUCUCUGGAGUCAAACUUCGACGGUACUUGGUGGUACAGUUGCGACGACGAGGACGAAGACGACGAAGCGGACACCAUUUUUUCUUCGAAAUCGCGCUCUUCUGAUUCCUCAACGUCACGCCGACGGUAUAAGUCUCGCCGGAGAAGAGGAGGUCGUAGCCGAAGCUCUGAAAUGGGGGUGUUACCAUUGACGGGGAAAGUGAAAGAUAGCUUUGCAGUGGUGAAGAAAUCGAGCGACCCAUAUAACGAUUUUAGAUGCUCGAUGUUGGAAAUGAUUGUUGAGAAACAGAUUUUUUCUGGUAAGGAUCUUGAGCAGCUGUUGCAGUGUUUUCUCUCCUUGAACUCCCACCAUCACCAUAAUGUCAUUCUUGAGGUUUUCACAGAGAUUUGGGAGGCUCUGUUUUCCGACUGGGGAUCCUGAUAUGAACAUGAAAACUCUAAUCCCUUCGUUCUCCUUUUGUUCUUAAGAACUUCUAUUGCUUAUUUAAUCGAACUCUUUCUUCCCCUUGUGUAUAAUUUCCAUUUCUUGUUUUCUCCUCACUUGAAAUUCAAGAAUGAAGAAAGAACAUCAGCAUAUUGAAAACA